AUGAAGAUCACUGGAGCUAUCAUCAUCCUGCUAUCCUGGUUGAGUCUGGGAAAGGGAGAAACUUUAGUUACCUAUCUGGAACCCAAUUGCGGAACAGUUGUACUGAUGCCUACUUUACAUGUAAUAUCACAAGGAGAUGAGACGGCUGAUAUUCUACAGCAUCCGUGGAUGGCAUCUCUAAGAAGCAAAAACGUGUGUCCUCAACACACAACCGUUAGGUCAUAUUGCACGCUUGAGGCAAUUUGUGGAGGCUCGCUUAUCACUGCCCAAUUUGUACUCACUGCUGCGCAUUGCCAUUUUAACGAACAUACAACUGCUUUGCUGGGAUCCACCGAUAACUACAGUCCGAGCGAAAGUGCCAUCGAGAUUCAAGUGGUACAAAGAAUACCUCAUCCAAAUUAUAAUGCAAUAUAUCUUAGGAAUGAUAUUGCCCUGUUUCGACUAGCCAAGACGGUGCAGUACACUGACUACAUCAGACCCAUUUGCCUGACGACUAACAGAAAUCCCUUGCAAUUUACCACAAAUCUGGCAGCCACGGGCUGGGGCAUAACGCAAACUGGAACUACGAGCAAUGUGCUGAAGACAACAACCUUGAAGAAACUACAUUUCGAUUCUUGUUCCUCCAUAUACAAUAUUCGAAUUGUUGAUGGCUCCCAAUUUUGUGCUGGAAACGCUGACUCCAAUACGGGCCAGGGGGAUUCGGGAGGCCCAAUCACGGCCAUGUAUGCCAUCAACGGCACGAACCGCGUUAUUCAACUGGGAAUGGUCAGUUACGGAGAAUAUCCUGAUCCUUCGGUCUAUACGAAUGUUUGGCAUUAUGUAACCUGGAUCGCACGAGUCGUUGGACGCAACAUUCAACAAACACCACGUCGAACUCAAAGGCCAUCUUAUGCAUACAGGCCUCGAUAUAAUAAUAGAUACGUGGUGUAUGGUUAAUUUUCUAAGAGACAAGAUUAAAAUAAACGCAUUAUGUUUGCAGC